AUGCCCUACGCUUUUUUACAGGAGAUUAGGUCUCUGUGGACAGCAGAUGUAGAAGGUGAUAAUCCAUUCCAAGCGAGCCUUGUGCCGUUACCGAGUCGAUCCAGUGGACUGCGCUAUGAGCACACGGUGCUCCCUGCAUCAGCGCUAAACGAGGUGCAACUGGGUUCGAUAGACGGUACGCUGCGCAGAGCUACAAACGUGUCCAGAAGUUCGGGAACAGUUUCACUCAGGGACCAGGGCAGUAUGCGUACGAGUGCUAUGGCGCCGUUUUCGGUUAGGAGCGCGCACGCCGGGGAGGCUCGGGCGGCGACCUCGCUGCAGAGAACCCUGCAGCGUUCGGAGCGCGCUGUGAAAGGCGCUCUCGUUGACUACAGCGACUCGGUGCUUGCGGUGAGUACGAACGGGCUGCUGACCCCGUGUUACGUGCGGCGUUUGGAAGGUCCCAAUGCGCUAUCUAUCGGCGGAGAGAGCCUUUUAGCAUAUCGCCGCUACGGUGAACUGGAUAGCAGUGUCACGCUGCUGGGUCCGCUGCGAGGACGCCCGCGCCCUUUCAUUCAGUUCGGUGCAAUGAGACGCAGCGACGAAGAAUACGGCGCUGAUGCAAGAAUCGGUGUGGAAUGCCUUCUUCACUGGUCCCGUAGGAAGGGUGGGGAGUCACGCGAAGAGGCGCAGGCGCGUCGGUUCUCUCGCCAAGUUGAUGAGAAAAUAGACUCUCUCGGUUUCCGAGCCCGGGGGCUUGUGGUUCAUGCCUCCGCGGGCACGUUCAUGGACGGGAAAGGCAAGUACGACCCAGUAUUCUCACUGGCCAUGGGGUUGGCAUUCUCGCGCUAG